GGAAACCCUAAUUGACGACAACAUGUGUUUUGUUUGACAAGAGUUGGUGUUAUGUUUGGUUCAGUCUAUGAAAGCAAACCAAUUGAUGACAAUCUGAACACCACUUCAUAUACCACUCGAAGCAAUGAAGCUAGACAUCGAUGGACUGGACGUGUAUUUUCCGUAUGACUACAUAUAUCCGGAACAGUACUCAUAUAUGUGUGAACUCAAGAAAUGUCUGGACGCCAGAGGACAUGGAGUUCUGGAGAUGCCUUCCGGCACCGGAAAGACAAUAUCUCUAUUGGCUUUGAUAAUUGCAUAUCAAAGACAGCGACCAAACGAUAUCUCAAAACUGAUUUACUGCUCGCGAACUGUUCCAGAGAUUGAGAAAGUCAUACAAGAAUUGCGACAUUUGAAUGACUACUACAAGAAGCUGUCGACCAGCGAUCGAAACAAAAGCAAUUUUCUUGGUUUGUGUCUGACUUCGAGGAAGAAUCUAUGUAUUCAUCCGGUGGUGAGUAGAGAAAAAGAUGGCAAAUCAGUGGACGGAAAGUGCUUUAGUUUAACGGCUUCUCACCGAAGAGUAGCGUCCGAUUCAGAUGAGAGCCAAUCAAAUGAGUGCUCUUUCUAUGAGAAUUUCGAGGCGAAGGGUCGCGAAGUCUUACUUCCAAACGGUGUCUACAAUAUCGAUGACCUCAAGAGCUUUGGCCGAUCGAAAGGCUUAUGUCCUUAUUUUCUGACCCGUUAUGCCAUCACUUAUGCAAAUGUUGUCGUUUACAGCUAUUACUAUCUCUUGGACCCCAAGAUCGCUGAGAUUGUGUCCAAAGAGUUAUCCAAGAACUCAGUGGUGGUCUUCGAUGAGGCCCACAAUAUAGACAACGUGUGCAUCGAAUCAAUGAGUGUUACCAUCAAUAAACGUCUUUUAGAUAGAUGUCAGACAAACAUCACUUCAUUGCAAGAGACGAUCCGUUCGAUCAAAGAAGUGGACGAAAGGAAACUCAAACAAGAAUAUCAGAGAUUAGUUGAAGGACUCCGAGAGGCAAACAUAGCCCGAGAAGCGGACCAAUUCUUAGCGAAUCCGGUUCUGCCGGAUGAUAUACUACAGGAAGCCAUUCCCGGAAACAUCCGAAAUGCCGAACAUUUCGUAGCGUUUCUGAAACGAUUUCUUCAGUACGUUAAGUCCCGACUCCGUGUCCAACACGUGACACAAGAAAGUCCGGCCGCUUUCCUCAAAGACGUCGCCACCAAAGUCUGCAUCGAAAGAAAGCCCUUAAGAUUUUGUGCCGAAAGACUGCGUUCGCUAAUCAGAACUCUGGAGGUGUCGGAUAUCACAGACUUCACUCCUCUGACCCUUUUGUGCAAUUUUGCCACUUUGGUCAGCACUUACACCAAAGGAUUCACUCUAUUGAUUGAGCCCUUCGACGACCGCACGCCAACCAUUUCCAACCCAAUCCUUCACUUCAGUUGUUUAGACGCUUCCAUUGCUAUAAAACCUGUUUUUGAGAGAUUCCAGUCUGUGAUCAUCACUUCGGGAACUCUUUCGCCAUUAGAAAUGUACCCAAAAAUACUUGACUUCAGGCCAGUGCUGGCCGUGUCGUUGACGAUGACAUUAUCGCGUCAAUGCAUUCUUCCGAUGAUUGUGACCAAAGGUAACGAUCAAAUGGCCGUCACUUCGAAGUUCGAGAGUAGGAAUGAUAUGUCAGUCAUCAGGAAUUAUGGCACUCUAUUGGUCGAGAUGUCAGCUAUAGUUCCGGACGGUUUGGUUUGCUUUUUCACGAGUUAUCUCUAUAUGGAACAGAUUGUGUCCGUUUGGUAUGAACAGGGAAUUGUCGAUAACAUACAAAGACAUAAAUUA